AACAACAAUCUGCAUGUAUUAUGUGUCCGGAGGAUGAGCAGACGAGUUCAGCCUGUGGUCCCAGCUCCCCCAGGUUGGGUGUGACUCUGACCUGUGGGGACCCUGACAACUCUCAUGCAUCAACAAAGAAAAUCUGGACUAGCAGUGGUCUCAACAAAACCCCAGAGGUGGAAAUCCACUGUCCAUGCAGUCCACACAGUCCAUGCAAUCUAUCUAUCCCCGGGAACAACAACAAAGGAUUUGGAUCUUUUGUGAAGAGACUGACAGAUGCUGAAGCUGCGAUCGUCUCUGCAGCCGCACAGCUUGUGUCUUUCAAAGAUAUAUUGAAAGAUGCAAGAUCAUCUACAGCCAACAAGCAGCGGGUUGCCAAGCAGAGAGGACUUUUGUUGCAGAAGAUGGAGGACUUCCGGCAAAUCAACAAGGACGUGCGGCAAAAACUGAACCAGCUACUGGAGGAAGAGAUGGAUCAGAUUAACGCAGGCACCAAGAUUGAUGCUUUGCUGAAUAAGAUCUUGCAAGCUGAGCAUGAAAUUGAGCUUCUAAAAGGCGACCUGAGUGUAGCAGAAAAAAGAGCAGAAGAGCUUAUGAGUCUACAGCAACAAGAGCAGGAGAACAUUAAGAGUGCUCUUAACAUGGCCAAGUCCGCUGAGGCCAAUCGCGCUCGUACACAGGGGCAGCUACGCAGCAAGGAGGCUGAUAACAAUCGACUGACGGUGCAAGUAAAGACUCUUGAGCGAGCCCAAACCCAACACAAGGCGGAGAUAGAGGAGUUGAAAGUGUCCUUAGCCUCUCUGACAGAGCAGAGCUCACAGGAGAAAGAGGCCUUGAAGAAAGCUUCGCGAGCACACAAGCAGAGAGCCGAGCGAUUCGAGGUCGGCCUUGACAAAUGCUUCUUCCAUCUGAAGGAAAAGGAUGUGCAGCUGAAAGUUUUCCAGCAAGAGAAGGAAACAUGGAUGCGGGAAAAGGAGCAGCUGAGUGAAGAGAACCACAAACUCGCCGCUCAUGUGGAGUUCCUGCAAAGACAAGCCAGCGACCUUGAGCUAAAGCUGCAGGUGGACGUAGAGAGGCAGACGACCACGGCGGUGUCGCACGGAAAAACGAUGGAGGUGUUGAAGCUGAGGGAAAAGGAAAUAGACAGAGAGAUGGAGGGGGAGAUGCUGAAAGGGAGGGAAAUGGAGAUUCAGAGGGAGAAGGAAAGAGAAAAAGAAUGGGACAGGGAGAAGGAAAGAAAAGAGCUGGAGAUCCAGAAGAAGGAAUGGGACAGGGAGAAGGAAAGAAAGGUGGUGGAAAGGCUGAGGGAAUGGGACAGGGAAAAGGAAAGAAAAGAGCUGGAGAUCCAGAAGGAGAAUGAAUGGGCCAAGAAGAAGGAAAGAAAAGAGCUCGAGAUCCAGAAGGAGAAGGAAAUAAGGGAGGUGGAGAGGCUGGAGGAAUCUGACAGGGAAAAGGAAAGACAGGAGUUGGAGAUACAAAAGGAGAAGGAAUGGGCCAGGGAGAAGGAAAGAAAAGAGCUGGAUAUCCAGAAGGAGAAGGAAAUAAGGGAGGUGGAGAGGCUGGAGGAAUCUGACAGGGAAAAGGAAAGACAGGAGAUCCAGAAGAAGGAAUGGGAGAGGGAGAAGGAAAGAAAAGAGCUGGAGAGGCUGAAGGAAUCUGACAGGGAGAAGGAAAGAAAAGAGCUGGAGAUCCAGAAGAAGGAAUGGGAGAGGGAGAAGGAAAGAAGGGAGGUGGAGACGCUGAAGCAAUCUGACUUGGAAAAGGAAAGAAACGAGUUGGCGACCCAGAAGAAGGAAUGGGAGAGGGAGAAGGAAAGAAUGGAGGUGGAGAGGCUGAAGGAAUCUGACUGGGAAAAGGAAAGGAAAGAGCUGGAGUUUCAGAAGAAGGAAUGGGAGAGGGAGAAGGAAAGAAGGGAGGUGGAGAGGCUGAAGGAAUCUGACUUAGAAAAGGAAAGAAAAGAGUUGGAGACCCAGAAGAAGGAAUGGGAGAGGGAGAAGGAAAGAAUGGAGAUGGAGAGGCUGAAGGAAUCUGACUGGGAAAAGGAAAGAGAACAGCUGGAGAUCCAGAAGAAGGAAUGGGAGAGGGAGAAGGAAAGAAUGGAGGUGGAGAGGCUGAAGGAAUCUGACAGGGGAAAGGAAAGAGAAGAGCUAGAGAUCCAGAAGAAGGAAUGGGAGAGGGAGAAGGAAAGAAGGGAGGUGGAGAGGCUGAAGGAAUGGGACAGGGAGAAGGAAAGAAAAGAGCUGGGGAUCCAGAAGGAGAAGGAAUGGGACUGGGAGAAGGAAAAAAAGGCGAUGGAGAAGGAAUGGUACAGAGAGAAUGAAAGUAAAAAGGAGGUAGAGAAGAAGGACGAGGCCCCUGCAGUAGAAGUGGAAAUGGAACAACUCACAGAGGAAAACCAGCACUACAGCAAUGCAACGCUCAAGGUCUUGGCCCAGUUUGAGGAUAAGCUUGCUGAAUGCGAGGCGGCCCUGGUUCAAGAGAAGAUUGCAUCGCGAGAGAAGGACGGCAAAGUUGAAGAGUAUCAAAUUCAGGUUGCAGAGCUUGAAGCGGACUUAUGUAAUACAAAGCUCCAAUGUAAAAAUCUGGCACAAGACAUUGAGAUACUGCAAGCUGCAGAGGAGGCAAAGGUUGAUAAGGUGAGGCAGGAGCUGCAGGGUCGCGUGGAGGAACUGAGAGCAGCUGAAGGCAAGCUCUUGAACUGCCAGGAAAAGCUGGAAUGCUCAGAGUGGAAGUGCUCAGCACAGUCCGAGACCAUUCGGCAGCUGCAGUUUGAGGUGGAGACUCAAGGGAAUUUUAUGAGAUCAACUGUGGAGCUGAAAGAGUCUGCAGAAAAGGCGAGUGCAAGGCUGCAAGAGCAAGUGGACGUCCUUCAAAGGAGGGUAGACGAGUUGCGUGAAACAAAGCUGGAGCUUGAUGAGAAGCUCAAGGCCAAGGAGGCAGCUCUCUGCCACAGUAACCAGCAGCUGGAACAACGCACGUCCGAAUGCAAGGCUCUCAACCAGCAGCUGGAUCAACGCUCUGUGGAGUGCGAGGCUUUCAGUCAGCAGAUUACAAAGUUUAAAGAGCAAGCGUUAUCCAAAGAAGAGGACCUACAGAACACCAUCCACGAGCAUGAAGCAGAGAAGAAGAGAAUAGAUCAUGAGUUGAAGCUUCUCCGACAGAGCAAGUGCUCGGCAGAAAAGCAGUUUGAGGUGCGUCUGAAACAGCUACAGCUAAGUCUGGACCAGUGCGAGAGCCACAAGAAGAGCAUGCAGAACUACGUCAACUUCCUCAAGAAUUCUUAUCUCCUCAUAUUUGAAGAUCAAAUAUCCACUUUUUGGUCUUCUGGUUUUCUAAAAUGAGGGUUUAUUUAUUUCAUUAUUCUUGGGUCAGGCAUCUCAGUGUGGAGUUUGCAUGUGUGGGCUUUCUCCGGGUACUCCGGUUUCCUCCCACAUCCCAAAAACAUGCUAAGUUAAUUGGUGACUCCGAAUUAUCGAUAGGUAUGAAUGGGAGUGUGAAUGGUUGUUUGUCUAUAUGUGCCCUGUGAUUGGUUGGCGACCAGUCCAGGGUGUACCCUGCAUACUCAUGACCCUAAUGAGGAUAAGAGGUAUACAAAAUGGAUGGAUGGGUUUAAUUAUGUGUUGUUUUUUUAAGGACUGUAUUUAUUAUGCACUUUGGAGAAAAUGUGAUUGAAUAAAUUAU